CCGUAACAUUUUUAUUAUUACAUUUGGGAGCAAAUUUGCAAGCACAAUUGCUAAUCCACGUGAAGAAAGUUGAAAUUGAGGUACUUUUUUUUGCUGCUGACUUUAUUUCUCACUGGAUUACAUGUUUCAUCUUUUUAAUAGCCUAUGUGUUGCAAAAAAGUGUUUGAAAUAAAAACUAUUCAUGAACAUAGCCUAAUAAUAUUUAAAAAUGUUGGUUAGAAUACCUCAAACAUCGCUGACAGUAGCAAUUAAACACGGAUGCAUACACAAAAAAGAUUUUUACAUUCUACGAAAAUAUUGUUUUUCAUCAAAAGUAAAAUCUCCUAAAUUAUUGGAAAGUGUGACAGGAUUUCCACCAUUGACAGAUUCAAUUCCAAAUUUACCAAAACCUAUUUAUUCGAAUGCUAGAGAAGAUACGCAGAAUACUCAAAUUACAGUUUUAUCGAAUGGUUUAAGAAUUGCUUCAGAAAAUAGAUUUGGACAAUUUUGUACAGUUGGAGUGUUGAUUGAUUCUGGGCCACGAUAUGAAGUCGCUUAUCCCAGUGGUAUUUCACAUUUUCUUGAAAAAUUGGCAUUUAGUUCUACAAAAAACUAUGAAAAUAAAGAUAAUAUAAUGAUGGCGUUAGAAAAACAUGGAGGAAUAUGCGAUUGUCAAGCAUCUAGAGAUACAAUCAUAUAUGCAGCAUCAGCUGAACGUCAAGGUCUUGAUACAGUUACAAAAAUUCUUGGAGACAUUGUUUUAAGGCCGAAGAUCACUGAAGAAGAAGUAAAUAUUGCUCGACAAACAGUCCAAUUUGAAUUGGAGACUUUAAGCACUCGACCAGAACAAGAACCCAUACUUAUAGAUAUGAUACAUGCUGCUGCAUAUAGAGAUAAUACCUUGGGGCUUCCAAAAAUUUGUCCACCCGAGAAUGUUGAAAAAAUUAAUCGAAACAUUUUGUUUACGUACCUAAAAAACCAUUUUACUCCGAAAAGAAUGGUUGUUGCUGGUGUGGGUAUUGAGCAUAAAGAUCUUGUCAAUUCUGUUGAAAGGUACUUUCUAAACGAAAAAUUAAUUUGGGAUGAAGAUUCCAGUCUUGCGUUGGCUAAUGUUGAAACCAAUUCGGUUGAUGAAUCAAUAGCACAAUAUACUGGUGGAUUAGUAGUAGAAGAAUGUAAUGUUCCAGUCUAUGCAGGACCAAGUGGUCUACCUGAACUCUCUCAUGUUGUUGUAGGUCUUGAAGGAUGUUCUCAUCAAGAUCCAGAUUUCAUUGCUAUGUGUGUUUUAAACAUGAUGAUGGGAGGUGGUGGAAGUUUUAGUGCGGGUGGUCCUGGUAAAGGAAUGUACACGCGUUUGUACACAAAUGUUCUUAAUAGGUAUCAUUGGUUAUACAGUGCAACAGCAUAUAAUCACGCAUAUAUUGAUACUGGUCUUUUUUGUAUUCAUGCAUCUUCAACACCUUCAUAUGUAAAGGAAAUGGUAGAAGUUAUAGUCAAAGAACUUGUUGCCAUGGCCGAAAGUACAAGUGAGAGUGAAUUAGCGAGAGCUAAAAAACAAUUGCAGUCGAUGCUUCUUAUGAAUUUAGAACAGAGACCUGUAGUUUUUGAAGAUAUUGGUCGUCAAGUUUUGGCAACAGGAACUCGUAAACGUCCAGAAUAUUUUAUUCAUGAGAUUGACAAAGUAUCAACUAAUGACAUAGUAAGAGUAGCACGUCGUUUACUUAAGUCACCACCAAGUGUAGCUGCACGCGGAGACAUUAAUGGUAUACCUUCUUUAGCAGAAAUUCAAGCUGGUUUACUUGAUAGCCAAGGUCGAAUGCCUGGUUCUAAAAACAGACUGUCAAUUUUUCGUUAAACUUCUUACAAAAAUUCUUGCAUUACUAAUUUUAGAUAAAAAAAAUUAACCGACUUUUUUUAAUUAUCGUUCAUUAUUUGAAGAUAAUUUAAAAAUAAAAUGGAAUAACAUUUAAAAAAAAUUUC